AUGACGGAAAAACUGGUUCCAUCGUUGAUUGAACUCAGGCAAACUGCUACUAAAGCUGAUCAUAAAGUCAUUGAAGAAUGGGACUGUACGUUCGGAAAGUGUUCAGUCUAUAUCAGUGAAGAUAAACGCCCAAAACUUUUAAUGAGUUUUUUUCAAUACUAUGCCAAUAAGAGAGCAUUAAAAGACCAUGUACUGUCUACUUGCACUGGUCAAUUAAUAAAAAAGCAUGCAUUUUAUGAAAAAAUUACGGACUGGUUUUGCAGGAUCCAUUUGAACUGUCAUUCAACCUAA